UGUAGUUGGGCGUGUCGCGUAGUGCCAAGGCGUUGUUUCGCAUUUCUCCUCGAUUGUCAUUUCCUAUCGCCUAGCAUGAGAGGAUUGCGACUCGUUGAGAAUUGUUUCAACGAUUCUACAUCAAUAGAUUUCUCAAAGAGCGUCGAAAAGCGACGAUCCAGCGCCCAGAGUGCCGCCCGACCACAAUGGACGACGCUACUCUCUUCGGACGACGUUCCUCACGAAUUUAGAGAGUUAUACAUUACGCAGGGAUAUCGUCCUCCUGGAUUGUCGUUUCGAGAUUGCGCGAGGAGUCUUUUCCAGUGGCACAACGAGACAUCAAAUGUGUGGACGCACGUCGGUGUCACUUCCGUCUAUUUUCUCAUCCUAGGAUACCUUCAAACGACCCGUACAGUCGAUUUCCUCGUGGAUUCGUACGCUCUGCCUCUGUUGGCGGUGAUUCUUGGCUCGGCCGUAUGCACGUUGAUGAGCUGUGUGGCUCACUUGUUCAACUGUAUGUCAAUGGACGUCAGGCACGUCUGUUUCUACUUCGACUAUGCUGGAGUGACGAUGCUCGGUCUGACGACAUCGAUCGGUUACUAUUAUUAUUCUCGUCUCAGAGGAUUGGGAUUCACUGAUAGUCCAAGUUCGUACUUGGGGCUGUUGGUGGUCACGUGUUCGGUAGCUUGCUACUUGGCAUGCGCAUCAAGGCAUCAGUGGAAGAGAGCGCGCUAUGUGGUGAGGAUGAUAGCGUUCUCUGUCCCGUAUGCGAUCAGUCUGACUCCACUGUUUCAAAGGAUGUUGUAUGUGAAGGAAUGGGAGCCCGUUUUGUCUAUGUAUCUUUUGCAUAUUCCAUUCGUAGUCGGCGGGUCGAUAAUUAAUGCGUUGAAACUUCCGGAAAGAUUGCAACCUGGUAUGUUUAACUACAACGGACAUAGUCAUUGCCUUAUGCACGUUCUGUGUGGAAUUGGUACGUUUAUACAAAUCGCUGCUAUGGCGAUGGACAUGAAGGCAAAACGAGACGUCCUCGUUCAGGAGCCAAGUUUAACAGUUUCGAAAGUGUUCGGCCCUAUUGCAACAUUACUCCUAGUACAAGCUCUCAUUAUUAGGUAUUUCUGUUACAAGCUUUUGGGGUCACGUAGAGAGAAAGCGGAUCGUCAAGAAAUAAUUCAGAACGAGAAGAAUGAUUACUAUGCGGGGGUGAGUUCGUUGGGACUGACGGUGGCGGUCGGAUAUUAUUAUUAUUCUCGACCAAUCAGGUUCGGUUGCUAUGAGCAACCAACAAUCUAUUUUGGUGCUACAAUCCUGUCAUGCGCAGUUGGGUGUUACUUGACCUGUGGGACUCGACUACAGUGGACUCAGAUGCCGCAUCAGUUUCGACUGGCUGGCUUUGCUGUGCCCUACUUCGUGAGUAUGACUCCACUGGUACAGAGGAUGGUCUAUGAGACUCAUUGGGAGCCUGUGUGUUCACUCCAUUUGCUGCAUAUCGGAUUCACAGUUGUCGGGUCGUUUAUCUAUGGUGUGAAGAUACCAGAGAGAUUUGUACCUAACUUAUUUGACUACAAUUUUCACAGUCACUGUCUCAUGCAUAUUCUGACGGGCAUCGGUGCACUUAUACAAAUGUAUGCUACGUUUGUCGACAUGAAGAUGAGAAGGCAUCUUCUUCUACGUGGAGACGAUCUGACUGUGUUUGAUGUGUUUUGGCCUGUUGGUGUGAUAUCAACGAUUCAGAUUUUUAUUGUUGGGCUCUACUGCUACAAGUUGGUGAAAUUACGACGACGAGAGACAGAGAAUAUGAAAUUAGAAUGAGAGAAGAAUUAUUGAUCAAAGACAAGCUAGUACAACACAUUCUAAUACUCGAGUAUCAAAAUCUGCACCAGGUCUGCACAGCAGCCAGUCAUAAUACUGUACUGUCAGAUACAUCUUGUCAAAACUCUCAAUCACUAUCAACUAUCGGUCCAGGCUUGUGAUUUUUCAUGUAUCUUCUGCAAACAUACAAACGACACAUGACCACAUAUGUACCAUGACAAGAAUGCAAAUAGAAUUGAUUUUUAAUACCAAAAUUGAUUGUGCAGCAAUGAUUGAGUUGUGCACUCAUUACCACUUGAAAAA